AUGUUUUACGACAACAUUAAAUCUGAAAAAGAAGAUGAUGAAUCCAAGCCAGAGGAUGUCAAGCAUGAACCUGAGCAACUUCGUAAAAUGUUUAUUGGUGGAUUGGACUAUAGUACCACUGACGAUGGUUUAAAAGAAUUUUAUGAAAAAUGGGGAAUGGUUGUAGAUGUAGUUGUAAUGAAAGACCCUAAAAGUAGACGUUCAAGGGGUUUUGGAUUUAUCACUUAUUCUAAGGCAUCUAUGGUAGAUGAUGCUAUGAACAAUAGGCCUCAUAUAAUUGAUGGUAGACAAGUGGAACCGAAAAGAGCAGUUCCUAGAGAUCUUUGCAGUAGAAGUGAAGCUAAUGUAAGAAAAUUAUUUAUUGGAGGAAUAGGAAAAGCAGUUACUAAAGAUGAUUUAGAAGAAUAUUUUCAAAAGUAUGGAAGACUAACCGAUUGUGCAAUUGUCGUAACAAAGGAUACUGGUGAACCUAGAGGUUUCGGUUUUGUCGAAUAUGAAGAUGUAGAUUCGGCUGAUAAAGUAAUAUUAAUUAGGGACCAUGAAAUAAAAGGAAGGCAUGUAGAGAUUAAAAAAGCUGUAGCGAGGGAUGAAAUUAGUAAAAAUGGUAGAAGAGGAGGUAAUAACAGGAAUCAAGUGGUUAAAGAUAAUAGAGGGGGAGGAGAUUUUAGGAAUGGUAAAAGAAACUUUGGGAAUUGGGGUGGCCAAUCGAAUAAUUGGGGAGUAAACAGUCCCCGUCCAUGGAAUAAUCAACAAGGACCUCCUGUUGGUAAUUUUGGUGGUUGGAAUAGCCAAAUAAAUAAUUGUGGAUUAAAUAAUCUCAAUCCGUGGAAUAAUCAACAGGGGCCACCUAUGGGUAAUUUAAAUGCUUGGAAUGAUCAAGGGAAUAAUUGUGGAAUGAAUCCUAGUCCAUGGAGUAACCAACAAGGUCCUCCUGUAGCAAGUUUUGGCUGGAACAGUCAAGGAAAUAAUUGUGGUAUGAAUAAUCCUACACCCUGGAAUAAUCAACAGGGUCCUGGUAAUUGGGGGAAUAACAAUUCUUGGGGUAAUAAUCAAAAUGGGUUUCCUCAAAGUUUUAACGGAUUGGGAACGAAUGGUGGUGGUGGUGGUGGAUGUGGUUUAGGAAAUAUGGGAAAUUCAGUAGGAAUCUCUGGAAAUGGAUCAGGAUCAGGUGGAUUAGGUUUAAGCAAUACAGGAAACGGAUUGGUAAAUUCAGGAAAUAUGGGUUUUAAUAAUUUUGGUGGGCCAUCGAACGGAGGAGGUGGAGGAGGAGGAGGAGGUGGAGGCGGUCCAAUAAGAAAUAGCUAUAUGUCUUCAAACAACAGAACUGCACCUUAUCCAACUUCAGGUGGAAUGAAUGAUCGAAGAGGAUUCAGUGGAAACGGAAGGCAGCCAUUUUCAAAUUAUUUCAAGGAAACGAUUACCGGUAGCAGGCGUGAAGGAAACAAGCCGAAUAGGUAUUAA